GUUUGGACCAGAGGAAACUGAUGGACUGAGAUUCCUGCGAGAAGAAGCGGAUAAAGUAAAAGUUCUGUUCAACCGAACCGAGCGGGUUCUGAUCGGGUUCUGAGCGGGAAAACAUGGCGUCCAGUCCGCUGCUGUUUCUCGCUGCUUUCUGCUUCCUGAGCUCCGUCAGGGCCGAACAGCGGAGGCUCUCUCCAGAGAACCUCCUGGUUCUGACGGCUGCCACCGAGGAGACGGACGGCUUCCGCCGCUUCAUGAGGACGGCCUCCCAGUUCAACUACACCGUCAAGGUUCUGGGUCUGGGGGAGGAGUGGAGAGGAGGAGACGUGGCCCGCACCGUGGGAGGAGGUCAGAAGGUCCGAUGGCUGAAGAAGGAGCUGCUGGAGCUGGAGAAGAACCAGGAGCAGCUGGUCAUGUUCGUGGACAGGUAACCAGAACCGGGCCUUUGU